UUGACCGUCACUUCAUGUCAUUAACGAACAGCGAUACUGGGGUUGGUUUUUAAAUAUCUUGAUUUUUAAACAAAAUUUAACGAAGGUGAUCCUUUACUGGAUCACUUAAUAAAUCUGGGCUUCAUAGAAACCAUAAUAGAAAAAAUGAGUAAGCUAAUUCCCUCCGCUGCAAAGUUUAUAACUGGCUCUACGGUUACGAAAACAGCCGCCCCAGCUUUUGUUGCUUCAAAACAAAAUUAUAGUACGAAAUCGGAAUCUACAUUCGAAAUCAAGCCUUAUAAACUCCAUAAAUUGGAUAAAGGCCCAGCAACAUCAGCAACACUCACAGCGGAAGAUGCACUUAAAUUGUAUGAGAAAUUGGCCGUCCUCCGCAGGAUUGAAACUGCUUCCGGCAAUCUGUACAAGGAAAAGAUCAUCCGUGGAUUCUGUCACUUAUACUCAGGACAAGAAGCGGUAGCAGUAGGCAUGCGAGCGGCCAUGCGGGACGUGGACACAGUGAUAACAGCCUACCGUUGCCACGGCUGGACCCACUUGAUGGGCGUGAGCGUGCUCGGCGUGCUGUCCGAGCUGACGGGGCGAAGGACCGGGUGCUCGAGGGGCAAGGGCGGUUCCAUGCAUCUGUAUGGGAGGAACUUCUUUGGUGGCAACGGGAUUGUUGGUGCGCAGGUGCCGCUCGGCGCGGGUCUAGCGUUCGCGCACAAGUACCGCGGUGACGGCGGUGUUGCGUUCGCGCUGUACGGAGACGGCGCGGCCAAUCAGGGACAGCUGUUCGAAGCGUACAACAUGGCGAAGCUGUGGGACUUGCCUUGCGUGUUUGUGUGCGAGAAUAAUGGAUACGGUAUGGGCACAAGCGUGGACCGUUCGUCAGCUAGCACUGAGUACUAUUCGCGAGGCGACUACAUUCCCGGCAUCUGGGUUGACGGUAUGGAUGUCAUCGCUACACGGGAAGCAACUAGAUACGCUAUCGACUAUUGUACUAGCGGGAAAGGACCACUAGUAAUGGAGAUGGAAACAUACCGUUACUCGGGUCACUCUAUGUCUGACCCGGGCACGUCGUACAGAACCCGCGACGAGGUGCAGGAGGUGCGACAGACGAGGGAUCCCAUCACUUCGUUCAAGGAGAAGAUUGUGUCCAACGAACUGGUCACUCCGGAUCAACUUAAGGAAAUCGACGCAAAAGUACGCAAAGAGGUAGAUGACGCGACGAAACAGGCGAAAACCGAGGCUGAAGUUGGCAAUGAGGAGCUUUCCGGCGAUAUCUACUAUAAUAACUUGGAACAUGUCAUCAGAGGCAUCCACCCGGCCGCUCCUUUACAACAUGUUGAAGUUGUACCACGGAAUUAAGUUUAAAACCUAGAGCGGAGACAAACUCGAUAGUAACUCGCAAGAAACUCGACGGUGACUCGAUUGUAACUCGAUAGUGAAAAUGGUUAUUGUGGAGCGAGUGUAUAACUUUAAGGCCUAUUCUCCUGUUAUUAUUUUCGUCUUUUCCACCAGUUAAGUUAGUGAGGGAUCGUUUUUAUAAAGAUUUUAAUGUGAAAAACGUGAUGAUAUUAAUUUCUGUUUUUGAAUGUCGAUGGGAAAAGAAUUGUUAAAUUCUACGUGAUUUUACUCCACUGUGAAAUUUGUUAAUAUAAUCGUAUAGUAAAUAUAUCAAUUGGACAUUUGUACCAUAGCGACGUAAGGAUAAACAGUUUCUUGUUAUAAAAAUAAGAAAGCUUUAUCUAUGUUUAAGUGCUGGAAUCUUAUUGGUUGUUUCAUCUCCGCUCCGCUCUUAUACAUACCGGCUGUAUGCAUACGUACUUUCCUGUUAGGUUAAUGACAUCUGUCAAAUAAAAAUAAAGCAUUCAUUUCUUCAAAUUAAAAAAAAAAUCUUUUUAUACGUUGAAUAAAAUGAACACAUUCAAUGUGUUCGAAAAAUAAUUUGAGUUGAAAAUUAUUUGGUUCAAAAUCGAUAUAUUAUGUAGUAAUAAAAACAUACGUAAUUCCUUUUGUAAAAAGUGUCCGUUUUUAUUUUUGUAUCUGGCAACUUUGUGCGUAUUUCUCUAUUUAUUCAAUAUUAUGUUGUUUGAAUGUAACUAGGAAAGUAUGAGAGAUAUAUUAAAAAUGAGUUUAAGAGUCAAUUUUUACGUUACCUACUUUUUAGUUGAAUGGCCACUUUUUACAAAGAAUAAUUUCUUAAAUCAUCAUAGACAAUGAAUCUUGUGAAUUUAUAAUUUUCUGAAAAGUUGCAAUUGGACAAUACCAGAAAAUAUACAUUUUUAAAUUUGAGACGGAAUAAAACUAGCAUAUAGUAAUUUUGAAAUGGU